AUGGAGGAAAUCAUAGGGAAAAAAAGGGCGUUACAUGCGACUUAUACAAAAGUGAAGAGCAAGAGAAAGGUCAGAAAGCUCGGCGUCGAAGAACCCGUCAGGAAAACCUUGUACGAUGUGGUCGUGGAAAAUUUGAAAUUUUCCGGCAGAAAAACGUUCCUGCACAGAUUCAUCUACAUCGGAAGGCACAGCUUCAAAACCGAAGGCGAUGGCAUCGCCUGUUUCGAAAAAACCGUCAAUACCGACGGAAUAGAACCCAUUUCAGGAUUAUAUUUGCACUACAAUCAACAUUUUGUGCAUGUAGUCGAAACAGACGAAGGCAGCAUAUACAAGCAUUUAAAUCUUCUGUUCUCUUCCGAGGAUUUCGACAAAUUGAGCGAUUUAACAUUAUUAGGAGAUCUCUGUCACAUUAACAAUAGAUUAAUUUCGUAUUGGGCCACUUAUGUAGGUACACCGAAGUCACUGGUAAACCCACCGAAAAAAUCUGAAGUCGAAACGGCGAAAGACGCGGCGAUUCAAGCAUUUAAUUGCGUGAAUAAAAUAAAUCGAUUGGUAGAUAAAAUGUACGGUAGCUCCAGCGUGAGCCUCGGAAAAGAUGUCAGCAGCAUAUUGGAAGUCCAGGACGAUGAGGACUCGUCGGCAAAAGGCGAAACGUCGGCUUCCAUGUCUUCACAACUUGUCACAAAGUCUUCGAUUCUCGGCAACCUGCAUUCCCCGUUCAGGGAUUACCUGCCCGAAAGGGAGCUGCUGGAUUACUUGAUAGAUUCUCCGUACACCCAAAAUCUGAGCAGGUAUUUGGAAUUCGGGGGAUCGAUUACUCAAGUUGGCGAAUACAGCGACAAGGUUUGGCCUGUACCCGAAGAAAACAUACAAUACGACGUAUUUGAGAAAGAUUAUGAUAAAAUGUUUACCAUGACAUCUCAGAUGGGCGAGCAGAAGGAAGAAGAAAAAUCCGACGAUGAUGAUUUGGCCUCAGAAGAUUUGGAUAUUAACAAUAAAUAG